CGAGGGGGCCCAGUGUCACAAUGUAGUUCCAGUAUCUCCAUUUGUGUCUACUUUGUGCUCACAUUUUGCCUGUUCCUAAAUAUACUUAUGUUAAACCAAAUAAGCAAAUAAUUCAUAUUCAGUUUUAGGUAGGCAGGUAUAGGUUGGGAGUCAGGGUCAAAAGGAUCGGUAAGGAGGGUUGGGCAGGUCCUAUUUGUUCUUUCCUUUCUAUGUAAGGCAAAAUAAACGUCUUGUCCGAGUUUCCUGGAUGAUGCAACAAAAAGCAGUCAUUUCAGAGAGCACGGCUCAGAAACAUGCGCCUCCCCUUGUAUUUCAGUCAGCUUAUAUAUCAGAAAAGCCGCAGGAAAGUGAAAACAGUCGAGUUCCUGGCUGGUCGCAAGAGGAGCGCGCUGCAUUGAGAAAUUACCUGACGACAUGGAAGAAGUACUGGCGCCUUUAAGGCAGGCUGUGAAGGAGCAGGGUGACCUGUUGCAGCGGUUGAAGGAAAAAGGAGCCACAGAGCAGGAGCUGAGCAGAGCCGUUGCAGAGCUCAAAGCCCGGAAGAAGGUUCUUGAAGCAAAGGAGUUAGCUCUGCAGCCCAGAGAUGACACAGUGGACAGAGCCAAGAUGGAGGAUACCCUGAAGAGGAGAUUCUUCUACGAUCAGGCUUUUGCCAUUUAUGGAGGUGUGAGCGGCCUGUACGACUUCGGGCCUGUGGGCUGUGCCCUGAAGAACAACAUCCUGCAGGUGUGGAGGCAGCACUUCAUCCAGGAGGAGCAGAUCCUGGAGAUCGACUGCACCAUGCUGACCCCCGAGCCUGUCCUCAAGACGUCAGGGCAUGUGGAUAAAUUUGCUGACUACAUGGUGAGAGAUGCCCAGACAGGAGAAUGCUACCGCGCUGAUCACCUCCUCAAAGCUCACUUAAAAAAACUGAUGUCUGAUGAGAAAUGCCCUGCAGAGAAGGUGACCGAGAUGGAGGAUGUGAUCACUCAGAUGGACAACUACUCCCAGCAGGAACUGACUGAUCUCUUUGUGAAAUACAACGUCAAAUCUCCUUCAACAGGAAAUGACCUCACGUCUCCCACCUCCUUCAACCUGAUGUUUCAGACUUCCAUUGGACCAGGGGGGAAUAUGCCAGGCUAUCUGAGGCCUGAAACGGCUCAGGGAAUGUUCCUCAACUUCAAACGCUUGCUGGAAUUUAACCAAGGAAAACUUCCCUUUGGUGCUGCUCAGAUCGGAAACUCCUUCAGGAACGAGAUCGCUCCUCGCUCCGGACUCAUUCGUGUCAGGGAGUUCACCAUGGCAGAGAUUGAGCACUUUGUUGACCCAAAUGAGAAGGUUCAUCCGAAAUUCUCCGACGUGGCCGACCUGGAGAUCUUGUUGUUCUCAUCCAAGGCUCAGACCAGCGGCCAGUCUGCACAAGUCAUGAGGCUGGGCGACGCUGUGGAGCAGGGAGUGAUCAACAAUUCAGUGCUGGGGUACUUCAUUGGAAGAAUCUAUCUCUAUCUAGCUAAAGUGGGCUUGUCCAAAGAUAAAGUGCGCUUCCGUCAGCACAUGGAAAACGAGAUGGCCCACUACGCAUGCGACUGCUGGGACGCCGAGUCCAAAACCUCCUAUGGUUGGAUUGAGAUUGUGGGCUGUGCUGACCGCUCCUGCUAUGACCUUUCAUGCCACACCAGAGCCACCAAGGUCCUUUUAGUGGCUGAAAAGCCCCUGAAAGAACCCAAAGUGGUGAAUGUUGUCCAGUUUGAGCCCAAUAAGGGGGCCAUAGGAUCCGUCUUCAAGAAGGAUGCCAAGUUGGUUCUGGAUUACCUGGCUGUCUGUGACAAAUGCUACAUCAGUGAUCAGGAGAAGCUUCUCAAUGAAAAGGGGGAGUUCACCAUUCAGACAAGGGGCAUGACAUUCACACUGACCAGAGACAUGGUCAGUGUGAAGAGGUUCCAGAAGACUUUACAUGUGGAGGAGAUUGUUCCCAAUGUGAUCGAGCCAUCCUUUGGCAUCGGCAGAAUCAUGUACUCUAUCUUUGAGCACUCAUUCCACGUCCGACAGGGCGAUGAACAGAGGACGUAUUUCAGCUUCCCUGCCAUUGUGGCUCCUUACAAAUGUUCCAUCCUGCCUUUGAGCCAAAACCAGGAGUUCAUACCAUUUGUCCAUCAGUUGUCCAUUGCGAUGACUAAAAACGGUGUGUCUCACAAAGUGGACGACUCUUCAGGAUCCAUCGGGAAGCGUUAUGCUCGGUCAGACGAGAUCGGGGUGGCGUUUGGCAUCACCGUUGACUUUGACACAGUGAACAAGACGCCUCACACUGCCACUCUGAGAGACCGAGACUCGAUGAAACAGAUCAGGGCCGAGGUCGGUGAGUUGCCAGCGAUGGUUCGAGAUCUGGCUAACGGCACCUUGACGUGGGCUGAGGUGGAGAGCAAGUACCCUAUCUUUGAAGGACAAGAGACCAGCAAGAAAGAGUAACCAGACUCCUCUAAUGUCAACAGAGGGAAGACAUUGUCAAAGAAGAGUUUACAUUUUAGCACAGCGAUUUUUUUUUUUAAACAGAAAGCUUUUUUGUCUCAUCAAUUAUAGUAAUACGUGAAAUAUAUGUUUUACUCAACUUAACUCAGUUACACAGACUGUAGGAAAGCUCAAUUAGUCACAAAGAAGCUCGGGGGGCUAACACAGUCAUCUGUGUGGCCUCAGUGUUACUGUCACCUGAGCAACUCUCUAAACAACCCUCUAAGGAUGUGUAGCGCUGAUACUGUGAAAGCUGAAAACAUAAACACAGCCAGGUGUUCCCUUGAGUUUCAUACGCUUUAUAUAAUACUGUAUGCUUUGACUGAAUUUUUCAAAUAAACCACAAACUGCAAGCUUUUG